AUGGCAGCCUCAUCAUCCAAUCUUGAGACAGAGCAACCUGUGCAAAGCGUAGAUAUCGUAAUGCUAGAUGCUCCUGAUCAGAGCGAGGAUAUCUACAUGCCAGACGCUCCUGAGGACAGGAAUGUCGUUAGCUCUGAGGAUGGCACCCAGCAAUUUGGCCGUGGUAGGCCCCAAACAUUCUCUGUGGAUCAGAGCAAUUUGUACAAUAGUAGCGCUGCUAUGUCUCGCAGCGAGGAAUCAAUCCCGCAUGGUCAGGAAGACCCAACAUCCGAAGUGAUCAAUAGAGAAACUAUUACUAUUUAUCAUAUUACCCGAGUCUAUCUUGGUUCACGGGAGUUGACUACCUCCAGUGUUAUAACUACCGUCCAAGAACAUCAAUCAUCUCACGAUUUAGAUGGCGAAGACACGAUAAUGAGAGACUAA